CUUUCUUGACGCCAUGUUUGUACACGAUUUGUUGAUAGAGACGUGUUGCACGGUUACAACCGAAUCAUUAUUUCAAGUAAUACACUAAAUGUUUUAAAUAAUUAAUAUUAUUCGUUAACAAAAAUAAGUGCCGAUAACUUAAUUUUUUGUGUGAUUUUUUUAUUAUCAUGUCGAACAUGAAUAAGAGUCAAUUGUCACGUCCAGUUACUCCGGACAUAAGUCAUGAAGCAGCUAAGAAAAUGGGUCUAUUGCCUGAGCGAUCUCCUCGCCAUUCAAUAGCGAAAAAACCUGAUAACAAGGAGAAUGAAUCACCAAAAAAGGCGCGGGAGGUAAAUAUUACACCCGUUAAGAAAAUCAUACCGAUGCCUUCACAAACAAAACAAGUGAUUUUGCAAUCCAAAGAAGGCCCACAAAUUCUAGGAAUGCUAAAAGGGAUUCAUCAGAUUUUACAAUCCUUAGAUUCAAAAGUGACAGCGCAGAACCAAAAAAUCGAUGAUAAUGUUCAACGUUUAAAAGAUUUGGAACAAACGGUGAAGACAUUUCAGUUGACUGCUCCCAGUACGGUAUUUCAGAAGCCUGCUUUCAUCCCUUUUAAAAACUUCAAAGAACUAAAAAAAUAUGAUAAGUGUUCGGAGGAGGAACGAGAAAAAUUGAGAAAAUGGUUGGAUUCAUUCAACAGAAGAACCAAUGUUACCGAGAAUGUAAGGGAGAUUCUGCGAGGUAACCGGCUGAUGACAGAUGACCUUCUGACCGAUGUAGUAUGGGAAGGCCAGAAUGGCAGAAAAAGUUCUAAAAAACAAAUAUUCCGUUUACGAAUAACGUACGAUUUACGACACGCUCUUCAAAAUAUGUAUCCGAAGAUGACAGAUGAAGAAUAUAAGUUGGCCACUCAGAAAGCAUUGAAGGCCGCGUACUCCAGAGUUGAUCAACGAAAAAGAAAGACUGUGAAUGGUGAAAAUAACGCUAAAAAAAAAAGAUUAAGUGACGCUGAAUUUUUCCAAAAUGCAUGGGCUCCGGGAAGUGAUAACGAGGAGGAAGAGGAGGAGGAGGAAGUAAGGAAUGAAGACGGCAAGAAUGAGGACAAAGGGAAUGAAGAUGAAAAUGGAGGCGGAGGACAAAGUUCAUAACAAUAAAGAGGAAGAGUCACUUAAAAUAUAUUUAUAUUGUUAUAGUAUAUUAUUGUCAUGUUGUUUUAUGUAUAAAAUUA